GAUCAGGGAUGGGGAGGAAGUACACAGCAUGAGACAGUGAGACUGCAAUUUAACGCCGGAGCUAUUGAGGAAAAUAAGGACACAAGCUGUUGAUUCUUCAUCGUCAGUGUUAAACGUCAGACUAAAGAUGGUGGACUCCCAGUACUACCUCCCAAAUGAUAUUGGCAUCUCUUCACUUGGCUGUGGCGAGGCCUUCUGUUUGCUUUCACCCCAGGAGAAAAUGUAUUCUCACUUCCUGUCACGCGCCGCUUGGUAUGGUGGUCUGGUAGUGCUGCUGCAGACAUCUCCAGAGUCGGCAGACAUCUUUGUCUUGCUGCAGAGAAUCUUUAAGAAGCAGACUCCUGCACAGCUGGAACAGGUCGCCACAGCAACUGGACUCAGCUCCGAGGAGUACCAGGCAUUCUUGGUGUAUGCAGCUGGUCUGUAUGCCAACAUGGGAAACUACAAGUCUUUUGGAGACACCAAGUUCAUCCCGAAUCUACCCAAGGAGAAGCUGGAAGCUCUGGUGAAGGCCAGCCAGGCGUUUCAGGAGCAGCCCACUGAGAUGCAGGCUCUGUGGGACAGCUGCUCCGGUCUCCUCUACUCCCUGGAGGACAGACAGAAACAGCUGGGUCUGGGGAACAAGGGAAUUACCACCUAUUUCUCAGGGAACUGCGAUCUUGAGGACGCUGAGCUGGCUCAGAAGUUUCUCGACUCGAAAAAACUGUCAGCUUACAACACCCGUCUGUUUAAGAGGGACGAUGGAGGUAAAGCCUGCUACGAGGUGCGCCUGGCGUCCGCUGUGCAGAAAGACUGCGCAGUGGAGGGGGAGUGCGACUCGUGCUGCGGCUGCUUCAACUUUGAAGACAAAGAGUUCACUGUGACGAGGGGCGACUACGCUCCUCUCAUGGAGAAAGUCUCUUAUUACCUCCAGCAAGCACAGACCUACGCUGCCAAUGAGAACCAGAGAAAGAUGCUUGAAGAGUACAGUAGGAGCUUCACCUUUGGCUCAGUCGAAGCCCAUAAAGAGGGCUCGCGCUACUGGAUCAAAGAUAAGGGACCAAUUGUUGAGAGUUAUAUAGGAUUCAUAGAGAGCUACAGGGACCCAUUUGGCUCCAGAGGAGAGUUUGAAGGUUUCAUUGCCAUUGUCAACAAGGCAAUGAGCGAGCGUUUUGCCAAACUGGUGAACUCAGCGGAGGUCUUACUCCCCGAGCUGCCGUGGCCGAGGGAAUUCGAGAAGGACACUUUCCUCAAACCGGACUUCACCUCGCUGGAUGUUCUCACCUACGCCAGCAGCGGAAUACCAGCUGGCAUCAACAUCCCCAACUAUGAUGACAUCAGACAGUCGGAGGGCUUUAAAAACGUGUCACUAGGCAACGUGCUGGCUGUAGCCUAUGCUACUCAAAAAGAAAAGCUCACCUUCCUGGAGGAGGAGGACAAGGAUUUGUUCAUCAAGUGGAAGGGUCCGUCAUUCGAGGUGCAGGUUGGACUUCACGAGCUGUUGGGUCAUGGAAGCGGCAAGCUGUUCGUCCAGGAUGACAAGGGCGAAUUCAACUUUGACAAGAGUAAAGUGACCAACCCAGAGACAGGAGAACCAGUGUCCAGUUGGUAUCGGAGCAGCGAGACGUGGGACAGCAAGUUCUCCACGAUUGCUUCCUCUUAUGAGGAAUGCCGCGCUGAGUGUGUCGGACUCUAUCUGUGUCUCAACAAGCAAGUGCUCAGUAUUUUUGGCCACGAGGGCCAGGAUGCAGAUGAUGUGGUGUACAUUAACUGGCUCAACAUGGUCAGAUCUGGACUGUUGGGUCUGGAGUUCUACACAACUGAGAGCAAGAGCUGGAGACAGGCUCACAUGCAGGCUCGUUUCGUGAUCCUGCGUGUCCUGCUGGAGGCCGGGGAGGACCUGGUGGGCCUGGAGGAAGUGACCGGACCGGACGGCAAGCCUGACGCCCGAAUCACCCUGGACAGAAGCAAGAUCCAUACUGUGGGCCAUAACGCCAUCCACAGGUUCCUCCGUAAAUUGCAGGUCUUGAAGGCAACAGCAGAUGUGGAAGGAGGCAGGGCUCUCUAUGACGGCUACUCCACUGUCAGCGACGGCGGUGCUCACAACUUCUUGCGUCUCCGGGAGACGGUCCUGCUGAGGAAGGAAGAUCGUAAGAUGUUGGUCCAGGCCAACACCAAAGUCAAUGGGGACAGUGUGGAGCUGGUUGAAUACGAAGGCAGUGCGGCAGGUUUGAUUCAGUCCUUCACUGAGCGCUUCCAGGAUGACGCGGAGCAGCUGGAGACCGACCUUCUGGAGCUGUGCAAAAGAGACGCCCCCUGCUGGUGUUGAUGGAUGGACUGAUGAUCUGCUCCAUAGGCUUCAGAGAUACCAACUAUAAUCACAUUGCUUUAAACUGUA